UUCCCCGCGUCCUUCCUCCCGAGGCAGCGGUCAGAGUGCGCUGCUCCCGGGGCAGGCUCGCGGCGUCUCCUCCUCCCGCGGCGCGUGGUGGAGGCCGAGCGCGCGGCCGCGGCCGAGCCGGGAGCUGUCCGCGGUGCUGAGCGCCUCGCCGGCGGCCCGCGCGGACGCCCCCGACACCGGCCUUCCUCCGCCCCGCGCGCGUCCGCCCGCGUCGCUGCAUCUCGGGGCGCUGCGGCCGGACGAGAUCAUGGUCUUCGCUCCAGGUGAGAAGCCUGGAAAUGAGCCUGAAGAGGUGAAGCUGCAGAAUGCCAGCAGGCAGAUUGUCCAGAAAGCCAUCCUGCAAGCUGUGCAGCAGGUCUCCCGGGAGAGCGGGCAGGGGAGAGAGCCAGCCAGUGACCACAGGGGCAGCUUCCAGCGGGGAGUGGGGGCACUGACCAAGAAGCAUGAAAAGAAAUAACACUGUGGACUUGGCUCCCGUCACGCUUAGUUUCUGGCCCUUCUCUUAGCAUAGGAUGCAUCACCAAAAUGUGGCCAGCAAAGCAAACCAAAGUGUCAUUGGCACCUAGAAGUAGAAUGCGUUUGCCCUAGCCCUUGGCUGAGCACUGUUUGAAAAAGUGUGUUCAGUGAUUUUGUUUCUAUCAACACAGUGCCUCUGAGAUAGAGUGGGGCCAGACAAGACAUCUUACUUGCAAAAGUAGUUCUACAGUGCAAUUUAUUUUUAAAGUUUUUUAAAAUAUAAAAACCAUUAUCUUGUUUAUUUACUUUUGCCUUUUAUGCAUUAUUUUUUUCUGAAAAUUUAACCAGCAGUCUUCUCUGUGUGUGUGUGUGUGGAGAAAUACAGAAUGCAAUAUAUGUUCUUUAUAAUAAUUUGAGAGGACAUGCUGGAAAGGUGAAGUUUCUAUCACCUUCAAAUUUGGGAUUAAGGCUUUUAUAAAGUGGACUCAGGUCAAAAGUCAAAUAAGGGAAGGGCAUUUAGUUUUUCAAGAACCCAAUCUUUUAAUUUUUUCAGUUUGAUGGUGUUGACUCAGUGCAGAAAUUCUUUGGAAAUAUGACAUUCUUUUUUCAAGCUCAAUAUUAAAUGAAAUAAGUACACCUAUAUACAUGAGUUGCAAAUGACUUAGUUCUUCAGUAGCCCAUGAAGAGAAGCUAGAAUUAUAGAUUCCAUUCUCAAGAUAUACGAUGCUCUGUGUGUGUGUGUGUGUGUGUGUGUGUGUGUGUGUGUGUGUGGUGCAACAUCCUUGGAAGGAGAGCUGGGUCUUAUAAAUCUGGUGUUGCACUCUAUGAAUUUGAACCAGUACAUUCCCCACAGCAAUUUUUCCCAUUCAUUUGCUUUUUUGAGAUUAUGAAAGCCAUUUGUAGAAAGCUUGAAAAGCACUUACAGAGGGAAAAGCCAUAUUUUUCAACUCUGAUGCACAAAAACACAGUGGAAACAACAGUGGGGUGCUGUGAAUGCACAGAUGAGUGUUUGUGAAUAAAGCCAUCUCUACUGCAGCUGUAGACUUCUCUUCUGCGCCACUCCUGUGUGGGUAAUUCACAUAUUUCUGGAGACCUUAGAGUCCCAUUUCCUGGGCUUUACAACAGUUAUUGAGUUGGUGCUAUUGAAGACAGAUAAAGAAUCUUACAUUUGUUAAAAAACUUUUGACUUCAGAAUAUUAAUGUCUACGUUCAGUAAUUUUUUUAAAAAGCAAACUGUCAGCAGACAACAUGAACUGAUAUUAUUGUAUACUUCUAUGUUUCUAUUGCUUUUUCAGAAUGGAUGUAACUGAUAAGAGAUGAAUAAAAGCAAUUUCAUAUCAGCUCCAUUAGACUAUCUUGUACAAUGCAGAGAUGAAAUAAAUUUAUAUGGAGAAUGGCUAUAGGUGUGAAAGAGGGGGAUAAAAUUUGAGUAAACAUUAGUCAUAAUUUUUUAGGAGAACUCAUGGCAGUGAGGAAUGAGUUUAAGUUGACUUCUAGUCAUAUUAUGUACUGUAAAGCAUGGGGCUUGAAAGGAAAAUUAUAUAGGAAAUAUCUAAAUAAAAAGUAAACUCAGUGCUUAUAAAUUUCAAGUGAUCUGACUCAUGUCUUACCAAUAUGGAUACUACCAGCCUUGUAUCUUGCUGUCAUGUGGCAGAAACCUAUAAAUGUGCUACCUUUCUUUUCUGGUGUAUCUGCUAAUACACUAGGUUUCUUUGGGAACAUCUGAUUAACCUCUUUAUGCAAAUGUCAUUUUAUG